AUAUUUACGUUUCUUCAUAUUUUAUUUACAAUAUAUAGGAUGUCAUUCAUGUUUGCCAAAGCACCCUGAAAUAAAAAAGUUCACCGGAAGUGAAACCAUUAGUUAACACAUAGGGCUGAUACACCCACUAUAAAUACCGAUCAGCGACAAUUUCUUUACUGAGAGUUGGCAUGUUGACGGGCAUCCUGGUCGAGGAGGGGUCGGACCGGCACAUAUGCGUCUCGUGCUAAGCGUGAAAUCAAUAAAGUUACAGCGGAAUUGUUGCAGCAGGAAGACAAAUGGACGCGGGGAGGCAUAGAAACAGAUGAAGUCGAGGAUGUGCGUAGAGAUGAAAUCUUCAACACAGUGAAGUGUUCACAUGAAGAUUUGCAUGUACGGUCGGAGCAAACAUGGUGCACGUCUACAACUGCCAUCCGUUCAAGUCCCAGCAAAUUGUCCAGGUGGAGCAGGAACCUGGACUGGUCUGCUGUGGAGGUGGAGCCCUGUUUGUCGUGGCUACAGGAGGAUGCAAGGUGGAGGUGUACAAUCUGGAGAAGGAGGGCUGCCCCCUGAUCUGUCGCUUUGCCACCAUGGGGACGGUGAAAAGCAUCCAGUAUAGCAAAAUAGGCGACUACCUGGUUACUAUUGAGGAAAAGAACAACGCCACUUACCUGAGAGCUUACACCAACUGGCGCUUCCAGGCGGAGGAGAAGGCUCGGGUUGGGGUGCGUUUGUUGGGCCACCUGCUGGGUGGAGCGUCGGUGUGGGGUGGAGUGCAGAUGGAGAUCAUUGAGAUCCCUCUGUCAGAGCGUCCCAUUGCUGUUUCGUGUUGCUCCGUCACCGGAGAUCUUUUAGUCGGCUGUGAGAACACGGUGAUUCUCUUUACCCUGAGCAGACAGAACCAGCAGAACUUGAGCCUUCGAAAUUCAUUGACAAACUCUCAGCAGAUCUGCAAUCAGAGUCAAGGACAAACUAUGUCAAAUCCAAAUCUUUCUGUUUUGGAUUUUGAGCGGUCAGUCAUCCUGCACCUUCCAAAAAUGUCUCUUAAACAGGUGGCGUUGUGUGGAGGAUAUGUUGCAGUGCACGCAGAGCUGGAGGUUUUGGUGCUAAAACUGGAGGCAGCAUCUGAGCCUGCAGCUGCAGAAGAACCACUGCAAACAAGUAAAAGUGCAGAACCUCUACAAGAUCAGGAAGAUUUCCUGCUUAUUCCAAGACACCAGGAGCUGCUGGGAAGUAAAGCGAAAGACUGUGACAUUCUGGUCACCAUUGAAAACACCGGAUUGGAGGAACAAGCACAGUACCAGCUGUCCUACAUUCUUUUCCGGCGUUUUUCUCCCGAGUUCUUCCAAGGCUGCAGAAUGGAGGAGAUGCAGAUCCACUCGCUGCAGCUUUACCCGCUCUUCACAAGUAAUUCCCCGGAGGACCCUGUGUGCGUGUUCUGCUUCUUCUCCCUAUCCACUGCCGGCUACCUGUACAGCCUGAAGGGAGGAGUGGAGCUGCUGUCAGCCUAUCAGUAUCCAGAAAAGGUCCUUCAGGCGGUGCUGUCUGAUCACCUGUUGCAUGUCAUUACCAAAAAUGCGCUGCAGUGUUUCACGGUGCGAUGCUCGGCAGUGGCAGCCAGAAUGGAAGACCCUUACAUUGACACAACCAUGAAGGCUUGUCCACCCAGCACCCUGGACGUGUGUGCCCUCCGAAUCCAGUUAUUCAUCGGUCUGCGCUCAGUUUGUGUCUACAAUCAACAUGUCAUCCUGCUGUCAGCUGCAGACACUGAAACACAACAGGAGCCCGAGCGCAGGGGCCUAAGCAGGAAGUGGACAAUCUCCUCGCCGAAGGAAACCAGUACAGCCGGACACGGAUGGAACCUUUACGUGGUCGACACUGUCCAUCCCUUCACUCUCUACCAGGAAAUGGUUGAAUACAGCCGUCGGUACGUGCAGACCACCCCACAAUCCCACAGUCUUCGUCACCUCCUCAGUGAAGCACACCUCCUCCUGCGCGCUUCUUUGCUUCAAACACCAGAGCAGAAGCAGAGCGGUGACGGCGACCCAUCAGUGUCCUCGAAAACAUGUUCAAGCGGUGCGGCUGAUGAAAACUCAGCUGCACAGACGAGCAGACAAGAACUGGAGGAGGCGCUCAGGCAGAACUGCGCUCAGCUGGGAGACUGUUUCAGCAGGGCGAGUCAGAAGGACUGCCACUUAACCCUCCCCUACUACAAGAUGUCCGGUUUGACCGUCGGUGAGGUCAUCUCCAGAAACCGUCCUACUCCAGAGGGCCCUUCCUCGUACGGCCUUGGCUUCCUGUUUUACCUUAAACUUCACCUUUUAGAGGAGACAGAGCAGCAUCUCAGUCAGGAAGAAGCAGAUGAAAUCAUUUACAUCUUCAGCCAAUCAGAGCCCUUCUUUCUGGUCAGCGUGUGUGCCAGCCCGUGCAUGAUAAACUGCAGUCCAGCUCAGACGCUCCAGAUUUUGCAGCGUCUGGAAGACACAGCAGGUGUGUCCGUCCCACUGACGAUCACCAUGGCAACCAUGGCGCUGCGUCUGGGAAAACCGCAGGAUUACACAGAGCUGAUGGAGCGACACGCCGAGAUGCAGCUGGUGUAUGGGUUUAUAGAGGAGCCCAGGCUGUUGCUGCACGGAGGAGGAGAAGGACAGCACACUCAGGUUCAUCCCACCUCAUUGGCGCAGCAGCUGGCGAACACCCAACCUGGACUGCUGGUGGCUGCGAUGGUGGCUUUACAUGAAAACUGCAAAGUUCAGCUGGAACAGGCCGAUUUUGUUUUCAAAGAGCUGGGCUGUGAGAACACUUUAGAGGUGGAUUUCUGGGAGGCAAUGCUAAUGGCCUCCUCACAGGAUGCUGUCAUUCAGGAGCUUCUGUUCCGGCUGGCAUCAGUUUACAUCGACCGGCUGACAAACUCAAUCAAUGAAAGAGCGCCGCAGCGCAGGUCUCUAAAGAGUGCAGACGAUCUGAUCACCUCCUGCUCUCAUUAUGGCGCUCUGUACCCGUGGCUCACUGUUCUAAACCCAACUCACAGUACCACGUCUGAACACCAGGAGGCGCUGCACAAACUGCAGUCUCUGCUGUGUGGUCCUUCCCUCUCUGUUGGCUCCAUCAUGCCUCUACUGGAGCGUCUGUCAGAAGAAACCUUGUGGGGCUUCAGCCUGCACCUCCUCUGUGCCACCAGAAGGGGGCAGUAUGAAAGCAGCAUUGAGCAGUUGCUGGACAGGUGUCCUCAGGCCAUCAUAGCCUACGCCAACCACCAGUUACAGGAUAAAUAUAUGACACUAUGGUGGCAGAAGCUGCUUCCGGAGCUUUGCAAGCGGACCAGAGCCGCUGCAGAGAACAGCAUUCUGCUGGGGGCUCUCAAAGAGACCCUGGUGGUGGUUGCCAUGGAGACGAGUCCUGCUGAGUUUUUGGAGCUAAUUCCCGAUGACGGCACGGCGUCGUACUUUCUGCCUCACCUGCUAACGUGCAGCCAAAGACAUUUGCUGGCCUGAGAAACUCGUACAUUUGAGAUGAAGACCUGAGCGGCGGAGUCUGCGAAAGCUCAAAGAAUCUUUAGCUGCAUCUGAAUCUACUCCAGACAACCUUUUAUGCAAUUAAAUUCAAAGAAGAAGCAUUUGUUGUAUUUUAAAAUAGUGUAUGUACAUCUUGAUGCAUGGAGGCUUUUCUUUUACAAGUUGACAGCUGUCUUCUAUGUGUCAGCUGUCUUAUAUAUUUUUAUUUUAUUGUGCAUAUCUUUACAUCUUUGCAGAGUUUCAAGUUUAACUUGUACAUCUAAAUGCUGAGAAUUCUUUGACAACUGAUUAGAUAAACAUUUCAGUUGUCUGAAUUAUCAUUUUUCCAUCUAUGGAAAAACAUAUUUUCUCUUUUUUCCCCUGACUACAAUUUUAUUUAAUAUUUUAUCGUAAGUGUUCCAUAGGUAUAAAUAUAGUUGCACAAACCUUUAGUGGUUAUUCACAAUCUCAAGUUCUCUGCUUUUGAACUAAAGUUGCUCACAAAACUG